AUUGCUUUUUCUCCAUUUUCCCCAUUUGUCUCCUUCACCAGUUUGGUAAUGGUAGGCUCCAUGUGUUGCAGGUCACAUGAUUCCAUGACACAUGUUUAUGUAUAUAUAGGAGAUGCCUGGUGAAUGUGCUCAGACUGUGCUAAACUUCCCUCUUCGGAAUCACCCAUUUCAGACCCGCCAGUCAUUUCAGAGACGGCACCUGCCACUAUGAUGACCGGGGGCUUAUCUGACACCAAGGAGGCUACUCCAGAAAUCCAGCAUAUUGUUAACCAGGUGAAGCCACAAUUUGAAAGCAAGGAAAACAGGAGCUGUGCCAUGUUUACAGCCAUAGUAUUUAAGACUCAAGUGGUUGCUGGGAUAAACUACUUUAUUAAGGUCCAAGUUUCCGAUACUGAAUAUGUCCACUUAAGGGUGUUUCAGAGUCUUCCUCAUGAGAACCAAGGUCCCAGCCUUGUUAGUUUUCAGACUGGCAAAACCAGAAAUGAUCCCCUGACCUACUUCUGAGAGACAAUGAGAAACUGCGCCUCACUUCUGCAAAUUGUGUGGGGGUUCUGCCCGUGACAGUAAAUAAAAUAAGUUUU